UAUAAUUUUUAAGUAAUUAUAGUGCAAUAAAAUUAAUUGAUAUUUUUUGUAACCCACUAAGCUUCUUAAAGUUUAGAAAGACUUAUCUCAUCGUUCGUUAUUCAAAACUUAUUAACACUUGUACUAGGGAAAGAUUAUUUUUAAAUCAAUCAGAUCUGUCAAAAACAAGCUAUUAUAGACAUCUCGUAUUCACAAAAUUUACAUACAUAAUAUGUUGUAUUUUGUAGACACAUAUAAUUAAUAUUCUCUAUAAUUCAUAUGCUAAGUUUAUCUUUAGUUUAUAUCUUGCACAUAUUCUACACCACGUAAUGUUCUUUUUUGUUAAGUGAUAUUCGUAUAAAUGAAAUGUACGAUUUAUUGGCAAUUUAGUAUUUCAAGUAUCAUAACUGUGGAACUAAUGUCUCGGCUAAGCUGCAUCGCGUUGAUCAUUGCUAUGAACGUACUAAUGUGCGUUUUUGCAGAAGAAGUAAAGCUCUACUCUGAUCGGUAUGAUCACAUUGACAUUAGAGCUGCUCUCAACAAUAAAGAGGUGCGAGAAGCAUAUUACAAUUGCUUUAUGGAACUAGCACCGUGCCAAACACCAGAACAGGUGGCCUUAACAGCAAUGUUCGGCGAAGCUUACCAAACUAAAUGCAGGAGGUGUACUGAAAAGCAAAAAGAAAUCUUAAACCUAACUGCUGAGUGGUUCGUAGAGAAUGAUCCCGAGAAAUGGCGAUUAAUAGUUGCGAAGACCAUAGAACUUAUGAAGAGGAAAGCUGCUCAAAGCACUGCUGGUAACACAAAUGAAUAACAAAUUCCUCGACGCAUGCAGGUUUUCUUGAUGUCUACGGUUUUUCUCGAUUAAUUAAUAUGAAUAUGAUGUUAUAACUUGUAAUAUAAUUUACAAUUUAAUAAAUCAAAUAAUACUUAAUUGUAAACAGUAUCAUCUCAUGGGGGGUUAAAAAUAUUUUAUAUGAAAAAUUACGUUUACUAAUAUGCAAUUUGUAUUUUUUCACAGAAAUAUGUUGUAAAA